AGCUAUGCUCGUAUCUUGGCCCACUAUCCAUACAUUGUGUUGGUUGUUGUGUUGGUGGUGGUUGGAACAUGUUUAGUGGUAUCAAUAACAUCGGGAGGACAUCUCAACUUUAAUGAUCCAUUAGCAGGAUUUGAACCAAGACAGACAGAAAUCAGUGAGCGUAUGAUAGCUUAUAAUAAUUUGGUCAAUAAUGCUGGUAGUAAAGUUACUCUCUUACCAUUUAUACGGCAAUACAAUGCAGAUAUUAUGGACCGAAUCAGAAUUCAAACACAAAAAAGAAACAGAAAAAAGGAAAGAAAUAGAAAGAAGAAAAUUCGUCCAUCCAAAAAUUCUACUUUUGUUGAAGAUAUUGAUGAAGCUUUCUUUUGUGGAGUUCCAGAUAAAAUCUAUGCUCGGAUGGUUUUUAAAUCUGUAGAUGGAAGUUCGUUGUUUACUAUAGAACAUUUACAAAAUUUGUGUCACCUUGAAAAUUCUUGGCUUCAUUCCCAACCUGAUUUUAAUAGUAAUUGUAUCAAAUCAACUCGUAGGAAGUGUUGUCGUACUUGGUCAUUAGGAAAUUACGUCGCUCUCCUAUCAAAUAAAUCACACUGUAUGGAUCUUACUCAACAGGAUUUGGAUUAUGUGUUGGUGACUUUAGAAACCUGUGCUGCUUUUUAUCAUAACUACACUUUAGGACCAAACUGUGAUUUUUCUCCCGAAUCGUGGUAUUUCGCGAGUGAUAGUCCCAUUCAACAAUGUUCAGAAAUUCCACAGCGUUGUACUCAAUAUAACGCAGUAUAUCAUAUAUUACAUUAUUUAACCGACUCAAGUUUUGCUAAUCAACCAAAUAAACCAUUAUUUUUAACAUAUACUAUGACCUUCUUACCCUUAGCUGGCAGCUCUGUAUCGUUAAAUUUAUAUAAUUAUAUAGAAACAUUACCCAGACGUUUUCAUAGUAUUCAAUUAGUUGGUGCUGAGUUUGGAAUCAAACGAUUGCUUUUUGAACAGUGUCUACUUACAGAUACAAUAUGGCUGUCCAUAGCAGGCAUAGUAAUUUUCAUCUUAAUGUGGCUUUAUUCAUCGUCAAUAUUUAUUACUGUCAUGACCUUUCUAGCCAUGUUCUGGUCAUUAGAAGUGGCCUAUUUUCUAUACAUGUUUGUCUUUGAGAUUAAAUUUUUCCCUUAUAUGAACAUGGUGACUGUUAUCAUAAUGAUAGGAAUUGGAGCAGAUGAUAUGUUUAUUUAUUGUAAAGUGUGGAUGUUAGCCAAAUCUGAAAAAAAUAUCGGAACUUUAGAAAAAAUUGUCAGUGACACGUUAAGACAUGCAACUUUAUCAAUGUUAGUUACUAGUCUGACAACUGCGGCUGCCUUCUUUUCAAACUGUAUCAGCAACAUUACUGCCAUCCAAUGUUUUAGUAUUUAUGCUGGGACUGCAAUAUUGUGCAAUUUCGUCUUGACAAUAACUUGGAUUCCAGCCAGUAUUAUGGCAUAUGAAAAAUGGUGCAAUUUCUGUGUUUGUCAUAGUCCCGAUUUUUAUUCUGGCAGACUUCAAGUGUGCUAUUAUAUCUGUAAUAUUCCUUAUAAACUAUAUUACCUCAUUCAAAAUUGGUCCAGACUAUUUUUUGAGAAAAUUUUACCAUGUCUUGUAAUUCGCUUUCGUUAUUUGUGGCAAAUACUCUUAGGAAGCUUAGGAAUAUGUGGCAUAAUUGUGAUUUUUUAUUACCCAAAAUUAAAAAUUCCAACUUCCAAAAAAUUUCAAGUGUUUUCAUCAGAUCAUUUGUUGGAAAAAUAUGACUUUGAAUUAGGAGAUUUGUUUGGAUUUGAAAAAAAUAAAGGUGAUAUUCCUUUGUUACCAAUUACUGUGAUUUGGGGAAUACAUGCUAUAGAUAAUGGUGAUCCUCUAAAUCCAAAUGAAAGAGGAACUAUCGUGUUUGAUAAUUCUUUUGAUUUGACCACCGAACAUGCUCAAAUAUGGAUACUUGAGUUUUGUCAAAGAUUGCGACGUUCCAGUUUUUACCUCAAAACACCAAAAAUUCAGUUAACCAAUUGCUUUUUGGAGAAUUUUGUGUAUCAAUACAUGCAACAACCUUGUCAUGUGGUAACCACCGAUAAUACUCCUUGUUGUAACACGACCAAGUUUCCCUAUAGUAAAGCGAUAUUUAAUAAAUGUCUAGCACGGUAUAUACCAGCCUUACAAAAAACACCAGGUUUACAUUACUCUUUCAAUUCACCUGGACCAAGAUUUUCUAAUGGACAAAUUUGUGCCUUCUUCAUUGAGUUUCUCAGUAACGAACCCUACAGCCAAUCAUAUGAAAGAUUGAGUGAAUUUUAUCGUAAAAUUAACCAAUGGGUAACUGAGCAAAUGGUUCAGGCACCAGCUGAAAUGCGGAACGGUUGGUUGAUAAGUGACCUUGGAUUUUAUGAUCUGCAAAAGAGUCUGACUACAGGAACUCCUCUGGCUAUGGGUGUCUCGCUAGCAGUUGCUGCUAUUGUGGCCUUUUUUACCACACUAAAUGUUCUCAUUACAAUAUAUGCGAUUUUGUGUAUAGCUUGCAUCAUUUCUGUUACUGUGGCAACCUUGGUGCUUUUAGGUUGGGAACUGAAUAUUUUGGAAUCAGUGAUAAUAACAGUUGCUAUCGGGAUGUCAAUAGAUUUUACUUUACAUUAUGGUGUAGCUUACCGCCUUUCUCCAGAUCUAGAUCGUGAAAUGCGUGUGGCUUGUUCAAUUGGUCGGAUGGGAAGUGCUGUUGCUAUGGCAGCUUUCACAACAUUCCUCGCAGGAGCAUUGAUGAUGCCUUCAACAGUCUUGGCCUAUCAAAAAUUUGGAAUAUUUCUAAUGUUGAUUAUAUCAAUUGGCUGGGUUUAUUCUACAUUUUUCUUUCAAUCACUUCUAAGAUCUCUGGGACCACAAGGUGGCUUUGGACAAUUUCAUUGGCCAUCAUCUGACUGCUGCUCA